GAAACUACAUGGACGGUGCAUUUUUAUUAUUAUUUUGUGUUAAGCUGUGUUAAAAAGACUUGUCGUUCGUUUAUUUUUAAGUUUUGGACGUCGGGGAUGAAGAGACCGCAGGCAGAGGGGGAUGAAAUUUCAAACUUCUUCAUUCAGAAGCAAGCAUCUAAAAAGACCACUAGCAGGAUGUCUGGCUCUACCCAGGAAGAAGAGGAGUUGCCUGCCAAUCACACAGGUCCAAAAGGCGUGAUUAAUGACUGGCGAAGGUUUAAGUUGGACAGUGUGGAUCAGACUGUCCCUCAAGGCAAGAGAGAGCUACUCAGACAAAUGUCCCAGCCGGAUGAUAAGGAGAGACUCAACAGAAAGAUGAGCGUUCAGGAGUACGAAAUGAUCCAAGAAGAGGAUGAACGUUGCCUGAAACGCUACCGAAAGCAGUGCAUGCAGGACAUGCAUGAGCGCCUAAGCUUUGGUCCUACGUUUGAAGAAGUCUACGAACUUGAGACCGGAGAAGCCUUCCUGGAAGUCAUAGAGAAGGAACAUCGGAUGACCCAAGUAGUAGUCCACAUCUACCAGCAUGGUGUCAAAGGCUGUGAACAGUUGAACUCGUGUCUGGACUGCCUGGCGUCAGAGUACCCCAGCGUCAAAUUUUGUCGUAUUGAUGCAGUGGCAACGGGGGCUGCUGAGCGCUUCUCCCCUGAGGUUCUCCCUGCCCUGCUGGUGUACAAAGCUGGCGAGUUACUGGGCAAUUUCCUGUCUGUUACCAAACACCUCCAUGAAGACUUCUUUGCUACAGACGUAGAGGGGUUUCUCAAUGAAUACGGCCUGCUGCCUGAGAAGGAGUUCACCACAUGUGCUAAUGACGAGGACGAAGGAGGGGAUGUGGAGUAAAAGAUGAAAGGAUGGUCAUUAAGUGAAGGGGAGAGAAGAGUUGACUGUGUUGGAGGAGAGUGGAUAAAGAGAGAUAUGAGACAACGUAAACAGGAGGAGGGAGUGUAAGGAAAUGAGAGUUACGGAAAGGGAAUUGGGGAAAGAAUGGGAGGAAAGCAGUGUUGAGGUCAUUGCACACACAAAAGUUUAGAAACAUAAACUACAUUGCAUGUGCAGAUAAACACAAUAGAAAAAAUCCACUGGCACACAUUGAAUUCUGGUUUUAUUUAGAAGCAGUUAAGUACCACAUGAUGUGAAAAAGUCUAUGCUUUGCCGUUAUAGCUCUCCAAUAAAAGGUGAUUUUAACAAA